AUGAGGGCGCGGCGGCAGGUCCCGCGCGUGUGGCGGAACGAGGCAGCAGAGGCCGCAGAGGCGUUUAGUGGCGGCGCCAAGCCUGUGGCGGUGGUGGCGCUUGGAGGGGAGGAGGCGUGGGACGCGCUGGCGGCCUCGACUGUGGCGCUGGCCGACGUCGGGGAGGCGAGCAUCUACCCCGUAUUGGCCGGCACCCCCCUCGUCUGCGCCGCCGCGCUCCGCCCGACCCGCGACGCGCUGCCCUUUCACCGCGGCCGCGCGGCGAUGGGCGGCCGCGGCUGCCUGCCGAACUUCUUAUUGGGCCGCGAGGCGGUCCCCGAGUUGGGCGUCUGGGCGGGAUUUGGGCGCGGACGCGUGGUGGCGGCGCUGGGCCGCCUGCUGGGGAGCGAGCAGCUGCGGCACGAGCAGAAGGAGGCGCUGCAGUCUGCGGCGGCGGCGCUGAUGCCGGCCCGCGCGCACGGCGCGGCGGCGACGCCCGGCGCGCCACGCCACCGCACGGGCGGCGGCGGCGGCGGCGGCGGCGGGGGUCACAAGGGCGCCAGCGCGAGCGGGGCGGCCGCUGCGGUGCUGCUGCGGCUCAUCCAACAGCGGCGACAGCAGGUGGCGGCUGCGGCUGCCGCGGCUGCAGCAAAGGGCGGCGGCAGGUGA